GACGAAAAGAAAUUUCCCAAAUUUUGUGCUCAGCCAAACGCACACUGUCACGAACAAAAUCUCUGCAAGGAAACUUUCCAAAAAAAAAAAAAAACCACAGUAUGUGUAUGUAGCGUGUGUGUUUUAGUUAACCCACCCAGAGAGACAGAGACAAUUUGGCGAAUGUUCUUGGCUUUGAUUAAGCUCUGAAGCAACCCAUCUGGACAAUCUUCGAUCUAAGGCUCUCCUUAUCUCUCUUCCUGCUUCGUUUUUUGUUUUAUUCAGUGGGUUCUUGGACAGCUUGCUACUCAUUGAACAGAGCUCCCGAAGUAUAGAAAAAGAGGAAAUUCACAACUUUUAUUUUGAGGAUCUAGCUAAAUGGCUACAUUUGCGGAUAUAGGGCUUGCUGCAGUUAUCAAUAUUGUCACUGCACUUGUCUUCUUGUUGGCUUUUGCCAUACUGCGGCUUCAACCUUUCAAUGAUAGGGUGUAUUUUCCAAAGUGGUAUAUUAAGGGUUUAAGAAGCAGCCCAACACACUCCGGGGCAUUUGCAAGCAAGAUUGUCAACUUGGAUCUGAGAUCAUAUUUGAAGUUUCUCAAUUGGAUGCCAGAUGCACUGAAAAUGCCAGAACUUGAGCUAAUUGACCAUGCAGGAUUGGAUUCUGCUGUUUACUUGAGGAUUUACUUGAUUGGACUCAAAAUCUUUGUUCCUAUAACGUUCCUUGCUUGGGCUAUCCUGGUACCUGUUAACUGGACAAAUAGCACUUUAGAACAAGGGCCAUCCAAAUUAACUUACAGCGACAUUGAUAAGCUUUCUAUUUCAAACAUUCCGCUUGGAUCACUCAGGUUUUGGACUCACAUAGUCAUGGCCUAUGCCUUCACUCUUUGGACAUGUUAUGUGUUACAAAAGGAGUAUGCAACAAUUGCAUCAAUGCGGUUGCAUUUUAUGGCAUCAGAAAGGCGCCGUCCCGAUCAAUUUACAGUCCUUGUUAGGAAUGUACCACCGGACCCCGAUGAAUCAGUUAGCGAGCUUGUGGAGCACUUUUUCUUGGUCAAUCAUUCAGAUCAUUAUCUCACUCAUCAGGUUGUGUACAACGCAAACAAACUUGCAGAAUUGGUCAAGGAGAAGAAAAGUAAGCAGAAUUGGCUUGACUACUACCAGUUAAAAUAUUCGAGAAAUCAAUCACAACGACCCAUGAUGAAGACUGGUUUUCUUGGCCUUUGUGGAGAUAGAGUGGAUGCAAUCAAUCAUGACACAGCUGAAAUUGAGAGACUAUCAAAAGAAAUUGCAGCAGAGCGAGAAAGGGUCACAUCUGAUCCCAAGUCUAUCAUGCCAGCAGCAUUUGUGUCCUUCAAAACCCGGUGGGGUGCCGCUGUGUGUGCACAAACACAACAAUCCAGAAAUCCAACAUUAUGGUUAACGGAGUGGGCCCCAGAGCCUCGUGAUGUAUAUUGGCAGAACCUGGCAAUUCCCUAUGUUUCACUAACAAUUAGAAGGCUUAUAAUUACUGUUGCCUUCUUCUUCCUCACAUUCUUUUUCAUGAUCCCUAUUGCAUUUGUACAAUCUCUUGCAAACAUUGAGGGUAUUGAAAAAAGAGCACCAUAUUUGAAGGUUAUUAUUGAUAUAAAAUUCAUCAAGUCAUUUAUUCAAGGUUUUCUACCUGGGAUUGCCUUAAAGAUUUUCCUCAUAGUUCUACCCACAAUAUUAAUGCUGAUGUCAAAAUUUGAAGGCUUCUUGUGUAUAUCAGCUCUAGAGAGGAGAUCUGCAUCCAGAUACUAUCUGUUCAACUUUGUGAAUGUAUUCCUUGGAAGCAUAAUCGCUGGAACUGCAUUUGAACAGCUAAAUGCUUUUAUUAAGCAGUCAGCAAGGCAGAUCCCUAAAACUAUUGGCGUGGGAAUCCCGAUGAAAGCAACCUUCUUCAUAACUUACAUAAUGGUUGAUGGAUGGGCUGGUAUUGCGGGUGAGAUUUUAAGGUUGAAACCGUUGAUAUUCUUCCACUUGAAGAACUUUUUAUUGGUGAAGACUGAAAAGGAUAGAGAGGAGGCAAUGGAUCCAGGAAGUCUUGGUUUCGACACCGGCGAACCGCAAAUACAAUUUUAUUUCCUACUUGGCCUAGUCUAUGCCGUGGUGGCACCAGUUCUACUGCCUUUCAUACUGAUUUUCUUUGCACUGGCAUACGUUGUAUUCCGUCAUCAGAUUAUAAAUGUCUACAACCAAGAGUAUGAAAGUGCUGGAGCAUUUUGGCCAGAUGUCCAUGGACGUAUUAUAGCUGCUUUGGUCGUCUCACAGCUGCUCCUGAUGGGGUUGUUGGGUACAAAAGAAGCUGCUCUGACAACACCGUUUCUGAUUGCACUUCCAGUACUGACCAUCUGGUUCCAUAUAUUCUGUAAAGGCCGUUAUGAACCUGCAUUUGUCAGAUAUCCAUUACAGGAAGCGAAGAUGAAAGAUACUCUGGAACGUGCAAGGGAGCCGAACCUGAAUCUGAAAGGCUACCUUCAAAAUGCUUAUAUCCAUCCUAUUUUUAAAGGUGAUGAUGACGAUGAAGAUGAAGAAUUCAAUGGAAAAUUGGAGCAAGAGAGCGUGCUGGUCCCUACAAAGCGCCAGUCACGAAGAAAUACUCCGGUGCCCAGCAAAAUCAGCAGUUCCUCCACGCCAUCCCUGCCUGAUGCUAUUGAGGAAAAUCCAGAGCGUUAAAUCUUAGGCACGAGAGUUGUUGCACUUCUUUGUACACAAGUCUAAACCGCCACUGUUUUGCAGCGCUGGAGGAGGUUCACCCUGUAAAUUAGAUAUAAGCAAAAAUAGCUUAUUUUCCUUAUUUCCUUCUCCCCUCGAAUCCAAGGGGAAGAACUUGUAUAGAGAGCAGAGAGGAGAGACAGGUUCUUGCAGCCCAUGGUUAUGGCCGACUUUGAAAUCUACUGUUAUAGAGAUCGAUUGAGGAGAGGCUGCAAAAAAGUUUUAUUUGUGUGAAGUUUUUUUGUAUGAAAACUACUGGUGUUUGUUUGUACAUCGACAAUUAUAAUUAUAAUCACAAUUUU